ACACUCACAUGCGCGCGCGCAGGAACAUUUCGGCACUAUGCUGCCGCUGCAAACGCCGAGCUUUAGACCAAAGGAGUUCCACCAUCCCGGAGAGCGACAUCAGCCUUACUGAUGACUUUUUUUGUUGUUGUUGUUCCAUCCAGACCGUGGAUAAAACUAAACGAUGCACGGUUUCCGAAGCCGAGCAAUCUCAGGAGCGCGCGCACUGCGCUCUGCACGCGCCAAGACUAAAGACUUAACACCAGAUCUAAAUAAAUCCACUUCUGGAUUUUAUUCCCAGAGUUCCACAACGAGAUCCUAGAACUCCCGACACGACAUGCGCACGGAAUUCUUCAUCCUAACCUCAUCUUAAAACAUUGCACUGGAUGAAAAACCCGCUCUGUUUAUUUGUGCGUAUGUGCGCGCGUGGCUAUAGAUCUAUGUAUGCAUGUGCGCGAGCGUGUGUGUUUAUUUCAUUCACGGGAUCCAUAUUUGCAGAGAAAACACCCUGGAGCUGUAGGACAGGUUUAAAACCCAACAUUCGUGCAGGGAAAUGGACCCAAAUGCCCCAUGCGAGCGAAGCUGUGUCAUUCAGAGAGUGGCCGGCUGUGACCAGAAAGGAGCUUGUCACUGAUAAAACUGCCAAACGUGCUGUUUUGGUCCACAUACUUAAAUCGGCCUUCUCUGGCCUCCGACUGAAAAUGUGAUGAGUUUGGCUAUCACUCUCAACCCAAGCAUGGAUGGAGGCAAGCAAGGGCGGCACACAGGCUAAUGAGACCAUUGGUCUUGUGUUGGGAGGGCUUAGGAGAGCCAAUUACAGGAGGAUUACCCACUUUUCUCCAGCAUAGCUCUGCCGUGGCAAGCUUCAAGAGCCGUUAAAAACUUGGUGGAAUUUACUUUAUUUACUUUUUUUUUUAAUUGCUUUACACUUGCUGUUCCUCUGAGCUGUUUGUGUUUUCUCCCCUACCAAAAAUGGAGAUACAGAUACGUAUACGGAAUAAGGAUGUGAUGAUCUUUAUAAGACCAUGGAUACCGAUCCUACUAGGCCUUCACAUGCAGUUUUCCUGGGCUACGACGUGCCCAGAUGAGUGCCGCUGUGACAGGACCUUUGUGUACUGCAAUGAAAGGAGCCUAACAUCAGUGCCUCUGGGGAUAGGUGAGGGUUACAAAACCCUCUACCUCCACAACAACCAAAUCAACAAUGCUGGAUUUCCAGCAGAGCUGCACAGUGUUGCCUCUGUAGAGACGGUGUAUCUCUACGGCAACCAGUUGGACGAGUUCCCAGUCAACCUGCCUAAAAACACGCGGGUGCUCCAUCUGCAGGAGAACAACAUUCAGACAGUUUCACGUGCAGCACUGGCCCAGCUCCUACGCCUUGAAGAGCUCUACCUGGAUGACAACUCUAUCUCCACAGUGGGUGUGGAGGAAGGGGCUUUCAGGGAAGCCAUCAGUCUCAAAAUUCUCUUUCUAACCAAGAACCAUCUCAGCAGUGUGCCCAUCGGUCUCCCUGAAGAGCUCAAGGAGCUGCGUUUGGAUGAAAACCGGAUAGCUCUCAUCAGUGAUGAUGCCUUUGAGAAUGUGACAGGGCUUGAGCUCCUCCUUCUGGAUGGAAACCUUAUGACAGAUGAAGGUCUGGCCCCAGGAGCAUUUCAGGGUUUAGGCAACCUUAAAACCCUGUCUAUGGCACGCAAUUCCUUGACGGUCCCUCCCCCUAACCUGCCCACCCAGUGUUUGGUCAAGCUCAACUUGCAGGAUAAUCUGAUGAAUGAGAUCCCUUUGACGGCCUUUCAUGGCCUGCAUCGCCUCGAGAGACUGGAUAUCUCCAACAACCAGCUGCAGUCUCUCACACAGGGGGUCUUUGAUGGUCUCCUUAGCCUGAGACAGCUCACUGUUCGAAACAAUCUUUGGCUCUGUGACUGCAACAUAAAAUGGGUCAUAUUGUGGUUAAAGUCCUUGCCAGCCACGCUCAAUGUCCGCGGCUUCAUGUGCCAGAAGCCUGAGAGUGUGCGUGGUAUGGUAAUCAGAGAGCUAAACUUGGAGAUAAUCCAGUGUCCCAGCAGUACAGCCAUAGUUCCACGAUCAACACAACAGCCCACACACCCCUCCUUGCCUACUGCUGAGUCAGCCACUGAAACAGGCUUCUCAACCCCAAACUAUGUCCAUACUCCUAGCUCUGCACCCAUGUCACCUGCGCUGCCAACCAAGCAUGAAGAUAAAGAACUGAGGACAGAGAUCCCUGAGGAUCCUGUGCAGGAAUCACUCCGUGUUUCCUUCAUCGUCUUAAAUAGCACAUGCGUCCAGGUGAACUGGAUAUCUACCUUCACUGUCACAGCAUACAAGGUGACCUGGGUCAAGAUGGGUUACAGUUUAAUCGGGGACCCUAUGCAGGAGACUAUGGUUGAAGGGGAGCAACAGAGAAUACACCUGACCAACCUGGAUCCCAAAUCCGUCUACCGAAUUUGCGUGGAUCCUCUGGAUGCUUUCAACAAUUAUCACACAGGAGAAGACACGAUUUGCUCAGAGGUGAUGACCAAGCCGGCCUCCUACGACUUGGACGAGAAGGCAGAGCAGGCGAGCCAACAGGACAUCAGCUCAUCUCUGCUGCUGGCUGGCCUGAUCGGAGGGGCCGUGCUUGUCGUCCUGGUGCUGCUGCUUAGCAUAUUCUGCUGGCACAUGCACAAGAAGGGACGGUCGUCCUCAUCCAAAUGGAAAUACAACCGAGGGAGGAGGAAAGACGAUUACUGUGAGGCAGGCACAAAAAAGGAUAACUCCAUCCUGGAGAUGACCGAGACUAGCUUUCAGAUAGUUUCUUUGAACAACCAACAGCUCCUUAAAGGGGACUACCGAAUUCAGCCCAUUUACACUACUAAUGGAGGCCAUGACUACAGAGACUGCCAAGUGGCCAACAACAGUACAAGCUACAGCAAGAAUAGCGUUCCAGUUUCUAACCCUUGCCAUACAUGAUGGUUUUCGAAAGGUAUUAAUCCUUUGUAUUAAAAAUUUCGACUUAAAUACGCUGUACAGUAUAUAUUUCAAAGAUGAACUGUAAAUGCUGUAAUUUAUACUCUUAUCAGUGAUAUCGCCUUCUUUUGUAUUCCGAGUAAAAUGCAAAAACAAUUUAUGAUGUACUAGUUUCUCCUGUUGUAUUACUACUGCGCUUGUAGGAAUCCAUCUGAGUAUCAUAAACUGGAGUAUGUAUGCAGAUAAUUGUUUACAUUGUUGUGCACAAAAAUCACAGAAAGUGCCCAGAAAUAUAUAGAUGAUUAUCUAGAUUUGGGGGGGAAAAUGAUGGUUAGUAAGGUCCUGAUUGUGAGUGAGUAUGCGUGAGAAACUGAUUCACGUUAUUUAUGCUUGUCUGACUUCUUUGUUCUUUAGUUGUACCACAAAAUGGCAUUUUUGUUUGUUUGGUUGUUUCUUUCUUUCUUUCUUUUCCUUACAUUAAUCAGCACCUUUUUCAAGCAUUGUUCAUUAAUCUGACUUCCAGAUUCAGCUGUUCAGGUUAAGUGAUCUGCAAAAACAGAGAAAAUUCUACCUGCAAAAAAAAAAUUGUACCUGCCUGAUUUGUUAAGCGAAGCAAGAAAAAAAACGAGGCUGGUGAUAAAAGAUGUACUUACUGUGUGUACAUUUAAUGGAUGGAAAAACAAAAUGAAAUGUAUUCCACUGUGAAAACCACAACUGCAAAGUUUGAAUUAGCACAGUCUGACAUUUUAACUGUACAGCUCUCUGUAAGGAAGACUGAUGAUAAUUGUCCAUUAUCAUUCUGCUUCCGGAGGCAACUUUCUUCACAAACGGCUUUGUGUAUUUAUUAUUUUUUUUGACUAAAUUGGCCAGGUAAUAGUGUCGUAAAGCAUUAGACUGGAAUACAUCAGAUCAGGAAGACUCAUUGCUCGGCUGGUUUUGAAAGCUUCUUAUUUUUUUAAUUGCUAAUUGUCUUGCUCUGCAAACAACUCUGUGAAACAUAAAUAUCCAAAAUAUGACCAGGUAUUGUUUCUUUGCAUAUAACCAUGCAUUAUUUCCAAGAAUAUCAAUAAACGUUGUCACAAUGUUGACUAGAGGAAGUAUUUUAAGCGUUCUAAGGAACUGCUUUGUUUUGUGCGUCCUCUUGACUGUUAUGAUAAACCAGCUCAUAACGCUGUCACGCCAUGUCAUGAAUGUCAGAUUAAUGUCUAUAGAUUAGGUUUUACGAUGCCAUUUUAUCACGGUUUUGGUCAUUUCGACGAAUCAAUCAAGACGAUUCUAUUAUGUACAACAGAUCGCCAUGUUGGUUGGAUAAUUGUUUUUUUUUAUUUAUUUAUUUCAAGGCAGACUUUCAUUGUAUCAUCAGUGUAAUUAUGUACGUUUAGGCUAUUCCUUCUCAUACAGUACAACAAAUGAAUAAAAAAACAAAACAAAAAAAUACAAUCAGAAGUAGUUGCCAGAAAUGUUAUGCCAGACAGCACUGGGUUGUUGUUGUUGUUGUUGCACUCGUUUGAAGAAUUGCAUUAUUAGUUUGGCUCCACAAAGUAUGAGCCGUGUCAUUUCACAGCUAAUAACUUGCACACAAUAAAUAACGCAAUAAACCCACCAGCAUCCCGCCAAUUCACCCCCCUCCUUCUCGGCGCGACCUUUUCGCUCGAAUCUCUCAGGGUCUGUGAGGAGACAGUAAUUAGCUAUUAAAUCUGCACAUCUGGGCCCUCCAGCUGUGUGGUCAUCUCAGAAUGAGCUGCUGGAUCUCAAUUCCGCAGCUCUCUCCAGAGUGCCCCAGAGACCAGAGGGAUGCUCAAGUGCAGCUCGGUUAUAUUAGUUCAGUCACCGGGUUCAGAACAACAGCCGCUUGUAAUCGCAAACAAAACCCUGCAGAACAGCGGGCAGCGGCAGCUCCAUUUAUUCCAAUCAAUUAAUACUGGAAUUUCAAUUUGGUUGCAGAUUUUCAAACCAGACCGCUAUUCCCUAAAGUCGGGGGUUAAUGGGAUUCGCUGCGUCUCUGUUUUUCUCAUCGAGAUGUGUUUCAGGAAGUGAAAUUAAUAAUCAAUCAAAAGAAAUAGUUACUAACACUUUCUCUGGAGCUUAUGACGAUCAUACACCAUUAUACUUGGGCUAAUAAUUUCUUUUUUUUUCCCCUCUAAUAAGAAAUUCCCUGCUCAUUAAUAUUCAUAACACGUGUCACUAUUUUAUACUUCCUAUAUAAAGUGAUGUUACAUUGUAUGGUACAACCUUUAUAAUGAAUAACAACCUGUUCAGAAUGAUAAAGCAACUAAAAUAUUUAUUAAUCAUUAUGAAAUGAUUAGAAAUUUGUAAAACAUCAUCGUCCAAAAUGUUUAUAUUAUGUUAUUAUGCAUUUAUAAAGCAUUAUGAAUGCGUUAUAACAAGACAAGAACACAUUCCUUUUAUGUAUCCAUAAUGUAUUAUUAAUGCAUUAUAGAAUGAGACGAACAUUCAUUGACUGAGUCGCCAAUUUCUUUGAAGGUCAUGUUUUUUAUAAACUGUGAACAUGACAUUAGAAUCCGUUCAUAAGCCGUCGUGAAUGUUUUGAUUAUUUGCACUACAUUGUUAUUAUUUGUUAUGAAUUGCAGAAAAUGAUUAUGAUCACUUUACAUUAUACGUAGUGUUUUGAACUCGUUUUAACACUAAUACCAAAGAAAACAUAACAUACAACAAAUGUCAUAAAUAAAAUAUACACUGAAUAAGUUCAUGUCAUAUUAUAAUGCCUUCAUAAGGUAUUAUACACAUGGUUAUAAUGUGUACUCAAUUUUAAAUAUGCAUUAAACAUUAUACCUAUUUACAAUUGGCUAAGGUUAAUCUGAUAUAUUGUAAGUAGUGUUUAUAAAGCAUUAUAUUGACAAAUUCCACUUUACAUAAUGCAUUAUAACAUGAUAUAAUGGUAAUAUAAUGUGUUCUAAGCAUUACUUA